AUGCUAGCGGUAUCGAAAAAAACCUCACGACCCAGUGGGGGUACCAGUCCCAGUGGUUCUGAAGAAUCCCCCCCUGGGCGGCUGCGACCAGAAACUAUUCGCUUUCUGAGCGUAGGAGGCUCAGCUUCUGCCCACGUAUUCUGGGGGGAGCCAAUACCCUCUCAACUCCCAUUGCUCGAGGUAUCGGAAAAAAAAACGUACCCCAGGGGUCUUCCCUGGGGAGGGGGGGGGGGGUACCACCAGGCUCACUUCGGCCCCCCCUUCCACCGCUCUCCG